AUGAACUGCGCAACUGUACAUCGGGUGCUACUGAGGAACAUAUGCGCGAACACAGAUACACUUCAGCCUCUGACUGAGGGGGUCAGUAACGAUGGGGAAAGAUGCGACCAGCCUGAGUCCGCGGACACUCCAAACGACAGCGUUGUGGCUGCGGACUCUACUCACCAGCAAUUGGACGAAUUCUUGGACCGCAUUUCGCGAGACGGAGAGCGACGCAUAUCACCAUCCGCGACAGACGUGACUGAGGGAAUGCGUCUGACCGAAGCUUUUGAUGGACCUCCAACUGAAAUGAAUGCAAAUGCAGCGGCACCGGCGUUGUGUCCGACAGUCGAUCCUGGGACAAGUACUAAAAUGACGGACGAGCUCCAUAUUGCUGCAGAGGUGCUGCCAAACGCUGUGGCGGAGGGUGAGGUCGGAGAGUGCGGCAACGUCAACGGUGCGGCCGUUCAGGAUUUACCUGCAUCCACGGCAGACACACACGCAUGUGGUGCUGUGGAAUGUGAUCAACCAUGCGAAUUGGGAGCCAACAGUCGUAGUGAGAUGGCUGCAACCACAUCACACGAUGCCUGCGCCACCGCUUCUGGAGAUGUGCAAAUGGUGGAUGAGGCAAUUCAUCACGGGUUCGAGAACGGGCAAGAUGGGGGGCCAUCUCUAGACGAAGAUCGCGAUGGUGGCGUCGCGCCGCAGACUAAAGUAGAGUUCCCCAAAGACAGGCCAACAACAGCCGACCGAGCGCCAUCGGCAGGAUUCGAAGAGUUGCUUCAGGAGCAGUUGCUGAACCCAACAGAAACAGGGAUUGAGGACCUCCGGACGUUCAUACGGAACAUUGCAUCGGUCGAACAAGGGAUUGCGGAUCGCAUUCAGGCAGCGGUGAUGGUUGGCCCCGAUAUUCAGGGGAAGGAUGGGAGUGCCGGUGGUGGGGCAGGUGCGAUGGAACGGAACCUCGAAGAAACGGCCGGUGUGUCGUCCGUUUUCCACUCUACAUCUGACGAGACAGCGCCAUCCACGUCUGGAACACCUUCAACAUCCGGCGAAGAUGAACCCCACGUAGUUCGGGAUGAGCCUAUCGUUGAAUUUCGCGAUGCAGCAGAGCAGUUGCAUGAAGCGCUGGGUGGGCCUGCCGUCUACGUAGAGACGGAAACAGGGUUUGCUGAGGUUGGGCAAGGCAGAACAGGGGUCACGGGUGGCGUAUCGGAUGAAUUACUUCUACGGAUGGCGGGCGUAAUGCGUAGUCUUGCAGCCGCCGCUGCGGAGCAGAAUGGCAGAUACAGCUCCCACAUGCGUGAGUUGGGGCGGUUAAUUGACAGUCUCGACCGCCGCAUCCACAGACAGCAAAACCUACUAGGGGACCGAUACAGAGAUUUGUGUGCACAACUAGGCAAGGAACGCCAGACGAUGGUGGAUUUGCGGGACGAGAUGAAGGAGAACUUCAACGUGACGAAGAGGGUGUUGGCGGACGCUGCGACAAGUGCGUUUGGAAACCAGUAUGACCUUGAGCUCCGUUCAAUGAAGGACACUGUCAUGGAAUCCGUAGAUAAGGCGCUGGCUAGGGCGGCGCUGGAGGCACGUCUGAAGGUGGUUCUACCAAGCGAUUACAUGGAGUCCAUGCGGAGGCAGGUGCAGGGGGGGGUGGCCGAAACACUCGCGCAGGUUCAAAUGACAUGCGACGGGAAUGCGGAAAUUUCGGGGAGACUGGAGGCCAUCUGCGCCGCUGUCGACGCAAAGUUAUCUGCAGAGCAGGUUUCACAGCUAGAGAUGCUGGGAGAUGUGGGGUCCACUCUGGAACAGGUCAGGAUGGCAAGUACUAUGAAUGCUCAGAUUCUUGAGAGCGUCAAGGAGAAACUGUGCGAGGCCGCACAGGAAUGCGGCCGACAGAUGCACGCUGAUCUUGUCGACAGACUGGCAGAGGUGCGGACAGUUGCUGACCGGAACGAAGAGCGUUUAGUUAAGCUGGAGGAGGAAAUCUUCGCCGCAGUGAUGGAGAAACCAUUAUGUCAAGAGGGGCUUGCAUCAGUCACUGCCAGGGGAAGGCGUGUGCACGAUGUGGAAGCCAGCGCGUCCGUCGACGGAAUCAGCAUACAGCAUAAUCAGACCUCGCCCGACAAUGCAAUGUCAUGCGCAGACAGUGGUUCCGCAUCCAACGACGAGGCCACGAGGGAACGCCGUGGUGAGCGAUCAGGAUCAAAUGGGGGAGUUGUUUUUCCGCAUCGGUCAUGUGGGAUGCCGCCUAGGAUGACAACGGCGACACGAGUGGAAAGCCUGCCGGCGGCGAUUCCCGGCGGAAUGGAUGCAGAGGUUCCCCUGGGCGGUACCAAACGUGCAGCGAGUAGAGCGGCUGGAGCGGGUACUUCGCCUCCGGCGGCAAACGUGCGAGGCGGUACUGCAGCAGAUUCCAAAAGGCAGCGACUGGAGGUGGAGAGACCGUCGAAACCUACCUCAAAAGAGGCUGCGGCUGGUGACUCUAAAGGUGGACACAAUGGUGAGGGCCACGUGGGAGGCCGGAUGACCUACGGCUCAGUCUGGUGUUUUCUGAACGAGCCUUUUGCGUACAUUCAAGAAACAAAUGUGCAUGAGCAUCUGUCACCACAAGCGACCGUAUCCCGGGGUCUGAUCGACGACUUGGCGUCCGCACGUGGCUGUGCUGAUGCGGUCGGAGAGACGGACAUCGAAGGAUUGCGUGAGACGGGGCCCCAAGAAGCCGAGGAUUUGAUGCCCGUUCAAGCCGACGAGUAUGGAAAGCAGUGGGGUAUUGUAAGGCCGUUCAGGUCGAGUGGUUUUGGCGUGCGUCACAAAGGUACAGCGCAACAGCGCUUCUGCUCGGAGCAAACAGUGGGUGGUCGGAAACGCACUAUGGGCUGUCACAAAGAUGAGUCUCUCAGAAACUUCACCGUCGCAGUGUGCUGGAUGGCUUACUUCCCCGACACGGACUUGUUGCAUUACAAGAUGUCCGAAAACGACGUUAAGAGUUGGGCGAACGAACUCGAAUUCGCGCGAAAGGUGCCGACAGGAGUGUGGAGCGUGAUGAACGAACUGAACCUCGACCGGCUCGAAAAUGGGGUACCUCCCCUCGUCUUUGCAGCAGGAAUCUCGGCCACACUCUUCGCACUCCUGGCUGCUUCGACAGGUGUCCCUGUUGACCUAGGGAUAGAAGACGGGGCUCUCGAAACUGCUCGCGCCACAAUCGAUGACGAGGCGAUUGCCCAGCGUGCUGCCACGGCUGCGACUCGUGGUGUGUCUGCGCUGCUCGAGGUUGCUGCCGAAGCUCACGAUAAAAACGAUUGGGAACAUGUCAUGUCAUCAAAGAUUUUCCGCCAUUUCGGCGAGUGCAGCGACGAGGACACCCAGAGCAUAUGUAGGACGCCGAAGGAUUGUGUGGGGAAUACUGUCGCUGGAUCGUGUCUUCAUGUGAUCUACGAGUGGACCAAGAUUCUCGACAAAUGGGCAUACAUCGUCGACUGUCCCCCGAACACGAAGAUACAGUUUGGUGUUGGGAGGCUCGGCAAAGUAGAAAUCCAAGAGGAGCUGGAGAUGGCCUUGCGUUCCGAUUUGGGCGACAGGGUGGUCGAGAAUGUUUACGCAACAUCUGCAAUAGCCGCAGGCACAAACAGCAAGGUUGGAUUACCAAACCAAGUAGUUGGAGCCAUGAAAGAUCCCCUGGAUCAAUCGAAGGGUUUCGAGCCUCAGAGUCGGGUGGAGGCGAUCAACCAACCAGGCUCGAGGGCAGGUGAUGGGACGGCUAGGGUGGGUGUGGCCCCGGAGCCCAACGCGAUGAUGAUCGAGAUCGGGAAAAUGGUGGAUGCUGCAGUGGCUGCAGCUGUGGCCAAUGCCGUCAACGAGGGGCGUUUCCACGUUCAGCUUCUGGGCGACGUUCAUGAAAGUUUGGAGAAAGCUAUCAAGAAGGGCAUGGACUCCGCUGCUGCGUUGCUCCGUGUUGAGAUUUCCUCAGGUUUCGAAGUUCUCAAGAGGGAGCUUUUGAAGGUUAUAGAUUCUAAGUUGAAUGCUACAGUCGAGCCCGCCCAAGCUACGGCACGUGAGAAGGCUCCGCCUCCGCCUAACGCACAUGCUCCGUCUGGACACGAGAGGCAGACCAAACCACAUGACGCGUCACCAGAAUUAUCCAUGGGAGCGGCAGAGGAAGUAAUGACCGUCUGGGAGUUUGCAGAUAGCGAUGGUGAAGUUGGAACUGCGGUUUCCGACGACUCAGAGGGAGCGGCACCAAUCCUGCCAGAGUCGGAAAUGGACGGAAAACGGCGACCGCGCCCUUCGACCUUCACCAUAACACCACAGGCCGCCAAGAUUCCGCGUGCAGCUGGGGACACCAAUAAGCAAGGGGGUGGUAUGCUGACGUUUGAUGGAAUAAUGCGCUACCUCGCAGAUAAGAUGCCAGGCUGGAACGAGGAAGACGAUGAGAACCCAAUCGGAGCUCUACAGAAAGUGAUGGAGACGCAGCAGAAUCCAGAGCUGCCAGAAAUUUCCGAGGAGAAGGAUGGUCGGCAGGUUGAGGUCCAGGACCAUUCAAAGAUCGUGCCGGACCAGCUGGGCAAGAAGUUUGGGGUUAAUAGACCCUUCAGAUCGAGCGGCUUUUUUGUCAGGCAGAAAGAUUCUCCGCAGCCGAAAUUCUUCUCGGAGCAAACCGUUGUCUGCUGGAGUGUAUUUUUCCCGGAUGUUGACCUCGCAUGCUACGGAAUGGAUUUGACGGACAUCCAGAAGUGGAAAGCAGAGCUUGAUUUCGCGAAAAGAAUCCCAACAGGCGUAUGGAGCGUGAUGAACGAGCUCACGCUCGACCGCUUCGACAAUUUCGGGAACGUCAUGUCGUUUACGAAAGAAAGGGUCAGCAAGGAGGUUCAGUGGGAAACUGCGCUAACCUCCGGAAUAGCGUUUGCGGCAACAAUGCAAGGGAGUGGCGCUGUUCCCAACCGUGUCAACCCUUUGAUCUUUGGUGCGGGGUUGGCCGCGUCCCUCAGCGUGUUGUGA